AUGCGGGGAUGUCUCUGUACCAGCGCCGGGAACAUUAAGGUUGAGGCUGGCCAUACUACUAGAUGGAUCCUCCCACACCCAAGCUACUCACCCCAGUCCGUCGGACUGCCGCCCGAGUCCGUCGGACUGCCGCCCGAGUCCGUCGGACUGCCGCCCGAGUCCGUCGGACUGCCGCCCGAGUCCGUCGGACUGCCGCCCGAGUCCGUCGGACUGCCGCCCGAGUCCGUCGGACUGCCGCCCGAGUCCGUCGGACUGCCGCCCGAGUCCGUCGGACUGCCGCCCGAGUCCGUCGGACUGCCGCCCGAGUCCGUCGGACUGCCGCCCGAGUCCGUCGGACUGCCGCCCGAGUCCGUCGGACUGCCGCCCGAGUCCGUCGGACUGCCGCCCGAGUCCGUCGGACUGCCGCCCGAGUCCGUCGGACUGCCGCCCGAGUCCGUCGGACUGCCGCCCGAGUCCGUCGGACUGCCGCCCGAGUCCGUCACUGAGGAAACCAUUGCUUGGUCUCUUGCAGCUGCGUGGGCGGCCGAUGCCGCGGCUGGCGUUUACGGCGCCGCCGCCGACCCGGUCGCGCCGGCCUUCCGGGAAAAUCGUUGGCAGUUCGGCGGCGGCGCCGGGUCCCUCCCACGCCGCACCAGCGCCAUCCGCCCACGCCUGGGGGCGCACCGUCUCCUGACUCACUGCCGUUAG